AUGAAUGCCACAGAAUACUCCAUACAAAAGUUGCGCAGUGUCAUAUUCUAUUCUUUGGAUAACGAUCUGUUGCCCACGGCCGAGUUUACAGCGGAGCGGUUAGUCGCACAGGAUUCUUAUGACAUGGAUUCGACUCAUUUGUACGCGUUAGUUCUUUUUAGAAGGCGGCGGUUCAAAGCUGCCUACAAUGCUACAGCCAAUAUGCCUCAUAUUGGAUGCGCCUAUGUGUUUGCCAAAUGUGCGGUAGAACUUGGUCUGGAGAAUGAGGGUCUCCAGGCUUUACAGCGAAGAAUGGCCACCUAUACUCAGGAAUCAAAACCCGAGAGAAAUUACGAAUUGGAGAGAGACAUUCUUCCUGAUGCUGUGGCAAUUCACAUAUUGAUGGGCAAAUUAUACUUUCUCUUGGGCGACACGAAGCAGAGUACUUUGAGUUAUACAGCCGCGCUCCAGUUAAACCCAUAUGCAUUUGAAGCGUAUGAGGAGCUGUGCAAAAUGGGAACAAAGGUCCGUGUGAAAUCAAUCUUUCAUGCCGAAGCCGGGUCUUUGCUGGACGCGGAUAUUUUUAAGAGCUCUCCUACCGACGAAGGAUCAAAGCUUUUUGAUCCCAGCUCAACACCAAGAGUACUAGCUACUCCAGAACAACCCGGAAAAUUCAUGACAACGCCCAGAUUGAAGCAACCCGUUUUUCCCGCUGCUCCUACCAGAAGGGCAGCAAGGAGCUCAACGUUAGACAACUUCAAGCAGCCUACUCUUCCAACAGAUUCCAUUCACAGAAGAAGUAUGCGUGGGUCCUCUUCCAUAACUUCGCGAUUGUUGAGUCAUCCACUCAACUCACUAUCAAGCUCCUCGCCGGCUUUUAAUAAUAAGAAAGAGGUGUCUGGGCUGAAAAGGUCCAUUGGUGCGUCAUUCUCCGGAGGUUCGGCCUCAAGCACGGGCUCGAGCGCAACCAUCCAGUUAAACAAAGGCGCUGAGCAGAGCCUAUUGCUUCUCUAUCAGCGGUUUGCCAAGGGUCUCAAGGCAAUGCACUCCUAUGAUUGCUUUAAGGCGAUCCGAAUUUUUGAUUCUUUACCUGAAAAUGAGAAGAAUAGUCCGUGGGUUUUGGCCAAAUUAGCCCGUCUUCACUACGAGAUAGUCAACUACGAAGAAUCGGCGGUUUACUUCAAACGACUGAGGAAGAUGGACCGUACUCGCGUCGAAGAUAUGGAUUACUAUUCGACGCUGCUGUGGUACUUGCGAAAAGAAACAGAUCUCAGUUUCCUGGCUCACGAGCUGUACGACAUCGAUAAGAACAGUCCCGUUUCGUGGGUUGCCAUCGGAAAUCUGUUUUCACUCACAAGAGAGCCGGACGAGGCAAUAAAGUGCUUCCAGAAAGCAACUCAAAUAGACGCGAGUUUCGCAUAUGCCCACACGCUUCAGGGCCACGAGUACUUACAGAACGACGCUUUCGAGAAUGCGCUCAAGUGUUUCAGGAACGCGUUGCUUGUGGAUAAACGCCAUUACAACGCGUUUUAUGGAAUAGGAAUGGUUCAUAUGAAAUUGGGUGAGUAUACAAAGGCCGAGUUUCAUUUUCUGAAGGCUCUGGAGAUCACUCCUGUGAACGUGAUCUUGAUCUGCUGCGUGGGAAUGGUGCUUGAACGACUAGGCAAGAAAGAACUUGCGCUCAAACAGUACAUUUUUGCUUCGAAACUCCAGCCACGGUCCAAUCUGGCACUGUUCAAAAAGGCCCAGGCUCUGUUCUCGCUCCACCAGUAUGAUCUUGCGCUUGGGGAAUUCGAACGGCUCCAGGAGCUCACCCCAGACGAAGCAAGUGUCCACUUCUUAUUGGGCAAACUAUAUCGCAUUGCCGGGCGGAAGUAUGACUCGUUGAGGCAAUUUACCAUUGCUCUUAACUUAGACCCUAAGGGUUCACAUCUGAUCAGAGAGGCUCUUGAGAGCUUACAGAAAGAUGAUAAAGAUGAUGAAGUUGUUCUUGAGUAA